CGAGCAGUUGAACAAGGCUGUGGGUUGGACACUGCUGCCUCACUUGAAGAGUCAGAGUGUGUGAGCAAGAACACGACGACUUCCUCAGCACCGGAGCACAGUGAAUCCUGCGACCUUUUACACUGCGCUCCAGCUCAAAACUCCGUUCCGUGAAGAAGCCAUGAAGACACCACUUUGGAUCCUUCUGCUGUUGAGUUUGUGUGUCCCUGGUCGCAGUGACUGCCAGGGAGAUUGUUUAACCUGCGCACUUCUCCUGCCUCCACAGCAAACUUUCAACACCCUUGUGUGUUUGCUGGAAUGUGAGUCCCAGGCGUUCCCAGCUCAUACCUGGGAUCUCUGCUACCAAGUGGUGGGUCUAAACCCAGCUGCAUUGCCAUCACACGAUUUAUCGAAGCGUACAGAUGACGAAGAAAAGCCUCUGGCAAUAGUGAAGAUGGAGGAUGAGGGCGUGGAAUACUCAGAAGCUUUGGAGCGAUUCCGCCACAUGGCUCAGGCGCUCAGCAGUCACGAACCUUCUGAGGAGGCACAAAAAUCGGAUCAGUUUGGGGAAACCUAUGACCUGGGGCUCGACUCUGGUAUGGAGGAUGAGGAGGAGCAAGGCAGGGUUGAUAAGGGGGAAGAGCAGGACCAAGAUGGCGGCGCCACCCUCAAUCUGUCUAAACGCUUUGGCGGCUUUAUGAAAGGCCGUCACGGCUUCCGUAAGCUGGUGAGCUCGGGGAGACCCCUGCAGAAGCGCUACGGUGGCUUCAUCGGGAUCCGCAAGUCAGCCCGCAAGUGGAACAACCAGAAGCGGGUGAGCCAGCUGUUGAGGCAGUACCUGAGUCUCACCGCGCGCACGGGCCGCUCGGGCCACUUCGCCAACCUGUCUGCAGCUGCAGUUCGACAAAAGAAUGAGGUUUAACCACCCUACAGUAGGUGCUGAUCUCUCCUCUUACCUCCAUCAUGUACCACAUCCAAGAUGAGCUAAAACAUAUUAACAAGAUUGCAUUGAUAUCCAAUGAGGAAUGUUUUUUUUUUGUUUGUUUGUUUGGUUGUUUCCACUAUUGAUAUUUCGAGCUCAUUGUGCUCACUAAUUCAGUAAUCAACAGGCUGUUGGUUUUGAAUUUCAGCCACUGGCUGAGUUUUAACUUUGGCAGAAAUAAAAGCGAUGCACUGAAACUUUCAUUGAGCAUGUCCAUCAGUAUCAGCUCUGGAUGUAGGAGGAAUCGCAGAGCACUGUGGUCGUUUGUCUGUCCUAUGAAGUUGAAUGUCAUGAAUGGAAAAGCACUUUAUCUAUUUCAUCAUCCUAUCUUGCACACUUGAUCACACUUGAUAUGCGUUAAUUGAAAACAAGAAUGAUUCAGGAUGGAUUUUUUAUUAUUUUUUUUAAAUGUGUCCUAUUUUUUUAUUUAACUAAGAACCUUUGGGUUGCCUGCUGAAAUCAAAAUGGGUCCUUAUCAUCACAAAUAGUGCACCACACAUGGAUCAUGUGUACUCAACUCCCCAGGACAAAAGGUUGUAUCAUCUAAUUGUACAAUGUUAACAGGUUGUACACCUGGAGGAAUGUAGCUUAGCUUAAAAACUAACUAACAUGUACUUAACGCUGUUAUUACAGUGAGCCAAGGAGUAAUCAAGUAUUAGACAAGAUAUUACACAUGUGGCCAAUUUCUAGCCUCCUGUUAAGCACUAAUGUGUUGGAUAGGGAGCCAUUUUAGAUGCAUCCCCAUCUAGAAUACUCUUCUUUCGAACCUAUUGGAGCUUACAUUAAAUCCAUGGAGCAAUGCUGCCCUCUAGAGCUCUCUCUCACACACGCACCCACACACACACACACACACACACACACACACACACACACACACACAAGCACUUUGAUUUUAAAUUUAAACAAGCCCUGAUCUAGAUUGAUUUUGUGAGUCUCACCGUAAACAGAGGACAAAUAAUAGAUCAGCACCCAGCAUGUCCUCAGAGGUGAAUAACAGCCUGGUCCCCAUCCAUUAGAAAAUAAAGCUCAUAGCAACAAUUAACAGAUCAAUUGCCUUCUACUUGUACAGUAAUAUAUAUAUAUAUAUAUAUAUAUAUAUAUAUAUAUAUACAGGGUGUCCCAAAAGUCUCCAUACAUAGGGGACUAUGUUUGCCAGCGGCUGUGCCUUCAUCAGUGGAUGUUCGUGGACUUCACGGUUGGUCCACAACACUUCCAUCUUUUUGAAUUUGUUAAUAAUUCAACAUCUUUUUUAAUAUGUUCUUGUUUUGUCAAAGGCAUUCUUAAAGGCUAUCGGAAAAAAAAAAAUUAUAUAUAUAUAUAUAUAUAUAAUAAAACUAAGUAAUUUUGGAAGACAUUUUGGUCAAAAAGUGUUCAUUCCCCCUCUGUAUGACUUUUGGGAUGCCUUGUAUAUAUAUUCAGCUGGAAUUAUUUUAGUGAUUAUAUUUUUCUCUUUCAAGUAUUCCUUUUUUUAAAAAAAAAUGAAAAAAAUAUAUUAUUUCAUAAUUUUUUGGAAAGUAGUCUGUCAAUAGAAAAAAACAAACAAGGAAUUGGCAUACAGGUCUCGUGUGUCCAUUACAGUAUUCUUCG